AUGUCAUCCACUUCCACGUCAGUCCGGAUUUCCCUGCCGCGCCGCUCCAACGUUAUCUUGAGCCCAAAUCUCCAUAGAGCCGGCCAAGCGUUUCCUUCUUCCUUUUUAGAUGACAUACACCCUAAACUCUCUCUUCACGACGACGAAGCGCUUCCGAAAAUGCCGUCUCUCGGGGUGCACUGGACACCUCUGAAGAUUGGCCUUCUCACGGCCGUCUUCCUGAUAUCGGCCUGGUGGAUACUGCCGUUCCAACUGCCCGCGAUCCCUGAAUCUAUCGCGCAUGGCUCUUCGCCUAAACCCGCAACUCCAGACCAACAGAGCGCGUCUUCAAAAGACCGGCCGCUCAUCGUGUAUGCGUAUCAUGACUCCGAGAGCGCGCGGGCAAACCUUGAUUACUUUGUCAACAAGGGUAUCCACAAUGGCGCAGACUUUGUCUUCAUCUUUAAUGGAGAUGCGAACGCGUCGAGCACCAUUCCUGACCUGCCAAACAUUAGCAUCGUCAAGCGGGAUAACACCUGCUUCGACAUGGGUGCUAUUGGCGAAGUUUUGAGGAAGGAUGACUUGUGGAAGAAGUAUAAGCGCUUCAUCACGAUGAACGCUAGCAUUCGAGGGCCAUUCUUACCGGCGUGGAGCUCGUCUUGCUGGUCGGACUUAUAUCUGAGCAAGGUGACGGAGACAACCAAGCUUGUCGGAAUGACACUCAACUGCAUCCCUAGACUGCAUGUUCAGUCCAUGAUCUUCGCUACUGAUGAUGUCGGCAUGAGCAUCCUCUUGGACCCCUCAGUCGCAACAAGCGCGUCCGAAGACGACCGCUUCGGAAGCAAAGACGCUCCCGUCGGUCUCAGCGGGUGUUACGCGGACUGGAACGCCGCAGUCCAUGCCGAGGUUGGAACAACGGGCCUGAUCAUGAACGCCGGCUACAAAGUCGACGCCAUGAUGACCGCUCUGCAUUCCGAACAAGGAGUAGAAGAGUACUGCAAGGCUCACCCGGAUUCCGGUGACUUAUUGUGGGAUAAGAAGUAUUUCGGGAGCAACAUUCACCCCUAUGAGACUGUCUUCAUCAAGGCGAAUAGGAAUGUUGAUCCGUCUCUGAUGUCGUCGAUGACAGAUUGGCAUAUGCGGAUGAAGUCUAACAGCUUCGAUGUGUGUGGCUCUUGA